CAUAACCAAACUGACUUGUUACAUCAGCUCUCGGCUCUCAUAUUCGUCAAGGAACGAUAGAAGGGAUCCGAUUAAGUCCCAAAACAAAUGCAAAGGGGUGUCUUCAACUGGAUUACUAAUGCCUUCCUCGCCAAUCGUUGUGCCAGAGGUUGUUAGCAGCUCACAAAAGAAUUCAGAACCCUCAAUCGAACGCUCUAUCACGUUACACUUCGUCGGAGACUGGGGGCAAGCCAAUUUUCACCGUAUCUGCUCCUGGCUCACACAGGCAUUCUGUGACCGGGCCGGUCCACGCAGUCGAGUAGGCAUCUGGAGUAUUCGCUCUGGAGGAAUUGAGGCAUUGUAUCAACUCCAUGAUGGCGAGGUUGAUUUGUGCAUUGCGACUCCAGCGGGGCUGAUGGCAACCGCCAGGACUGGGACAGGUAUUUUCGCCGCACAUGGCCCAAUGCCAGGUCUUAGGGCUUUAGCGGUGUUACCGCAACGGGAUCGACUGAUGCUAGCUGUGCAUCCUAAAUUCGGUGUCAAGACAUGGGAAGAUAUACGUCGUGUGAAACCACCUCUCCGCCUAGCAACAUCGAUUGAUGACGGGACGAAUUUCAUUGGUUAUGUAGCCAUGCGAUUACUGAAAGCGCAUGGGAUCGACGAGGAGACUUUGAAAUCAUGGGGUGGUUCUUUGGUCUUGAACCAUAGACCAGAACAUGCACUAUUUUCCUUAAAAGCUGGUGAAUCUGACGCAGUCUUACAAGAAGCUAUCAUGACCCCAUGGUGGAGAGAAGCUAUGGAAAAGCAGAAAAUGGUCCCAAUCCAAGCCGAGAUGGAGGCUUUGAAGACGCUAUCGGGUCAGCCUGGGUUUGAACCUGCUUCGAUUCGAGGAGGCUUCUGGGAUGGGGUCAAUGAAGAAACUCUAGCAGUUGAAUUUUCGGAUUUCGUCGUCUUUGUACGCGACGAUAUGCCGGAUGACGUUGCACAUCUGCUCACCUGGUGCUUGGUCGAGACUAGAGCCGACAUCGAGCGGCAGUACGCUCACAUACCAUCUGAGCGAAGCCCUCUGAGUUACCCUCUUAUUCCUUCUAAUAUGGCUAAAACACCUGUUCCACUUCAUCCUGGAGCAGAACGGUAUUAUGAGGAAGCAGGAUAUUUAUAGUAGCG